ACUAACUAUUUCUCUCAUCAUGGGCUCUCUGCCAGACCUUCCACUCCUUACGGCUAUCGUCCUUACCGUUGUUCUGACUGUUUUACUUAUCAAGAAGAAUCUGAAUCGCAAUGGACCUCUUCCUCCAGGACCAUCUGGGCUUCCUAUCCUCGGAAAUGCCUUGGACAUGAGUGGGCUAUACCCCUGGCUGAAGUAUACAGAGUGGAGCAAGCAGUACGGCGACGUAGUACACAUCAAAGCCGUCGGACAAUCCGUAAUCAUAUUGAGUUCGCCCAAAGCAUUAUCUGAUCUCCUAGAACAACGGGGUGCAAUUUACUCCGACCGACCGCGUCUAAUCAUGGGUGGUGAACUUGCCGGCUACGUUGACAGCGUCCCGCUUUGUCCUUAUGGAAGUAGGCUGCGUGAAUACCGCAAGUUGAUAUUUGAGGCUUUGACGCCUCGCAAGGUUCAAGAUUUCUUUCCUCUAGAAGAGGAGAAGACUCGGGAGUUUUUGGGGUGCCUACUGCGUACUCCCGACCAAUUCUUGAACCACACCCGAAGGCUUAUUGCUGCUAUUGUGUUCAAAAUUACACAUGGUUAUGAUUUGCAAGAUGGUUUGGAUCCUCUGAUGGAAUUAGCGGAACGCGGGGAUCACGACUUUUCUGAAGCAGCAAGUGCUGGUGCCUUUCUGGUCGAUUCAUUCCCAGCUUUGCUCUACCUGCCGCGAUGGCUAGGCUUCAGUUGGAUGAAGAAGGCCGAGUUAUUCCGCAAAAACAUGGAGGAACUGCGAGACGCUCCUUGGGAAGCUGUCAAGGAACAAGUGAAAAAAGGAACUGCCGCUCCGUCAUUCGCCGCGAAUCUGAUUGAGAAGAACAGCAACCCCACUGACUACCAAGAAGAUAUAUAUAAGUGGGUCUCCACUGGAUUCUAUGCUGGCGGUGCUGAUACAACCGUAUCCGCCAUAGGGUCAUUCUUUCUUUGCAUGUCCCUGUAUCCCGAUAUGCAGCGCAAAGCCCAGGAGGAGGUGUUGCGUGUGGUAGGAAACAGCCGACUACCCACGUUCUCCGACCGGCCCCUUCUCCCCUAUGUCAAUGCGCUCAUCAAUGAGGUACACCGCAUGAAUCCCGUCGGCCCUACAGCGCUUCCACAUAGAUCAACCAAGGACGAUCAUUACAACGGGUAUUUCAUUCCCGCUGGGUCCAUCGUAAUUCCGAAUAGCUGGGCUGUUCUUCACGACCCAGAUGUCUACCCUUCGCCCUUCGAAUUUUUACCCGAGCGAUAUUUCGACAACGAAGCCAAGGCGAAAGGUCUAAACCCUGAUCCUCACAAAUUCGCUUUCGGUUACGGACGACGAGUAUGUCCAGGGCAGCACCUCGCUGAUAACUCUCUCUUCAUCGCGGUUGCGAUGAUACUCUCAGUCUUUAAUAUUUCCCGAGCGGAUGGAAAGGCGCCAAAACCAGAUUUCUCCCGUAGCGAGGGGUACAUUUCGUCGACUAUUUGUCACCCCGAACCCUUCAAGUGUCAUAUUGUGCCUCGGUCAGAGGAAGCAGCGAUGCUGAUACGGGCGAACGACUUGAAGGAAGGUCGUUCAUAGUUUUUGUAGGCUCUCGAUCACAUUGAUCUUCUUAUUCUAUACAAGGCGUAAUAUCGACCUUGAUAGACUAUUUAAAUAAUUAAAUGUCAAUUUCUUCGGCCCUGCUCUAGUUCCAUCAUUGCAUGAAUCGAUCAGUAACAUCUAUUCCUCUCCAUCACAAGCCA